AUGAAGGGAAAAGUUGAAGAACACGAGAAGAACGAGAAAAUCAUUCGCAGCCUCAUGAAGCUUCCCAGCAAUCUCCGUUGUAUCAACUGCAAUAGCCAGGGACCUCAAUAUGUAUGCACAAAUUUUUGGACAUUCGUUUGUUCAACAUGUGGUGGAAUACAUCGUGAGUUUUCACAUCGAGUUAAAUCAGUGUCAAUGUCCACAUUUACUGCAGAAGAUGUUAAAGGUCUUCGUGAAGGGGGGAAUGAGCAUGCAAAGCAAGUUUACUUCAAAGAAUUGGAUUCGAGACACCGUUCUCUUCCUGAUAACUGUAAUGUUGAAGGACUCGGGAAAUUCAUUAAGCAUGUGUAUGUGGAUAGAAGAUACUCUGGUGAGAAGAGUACUGUUGACAGGCCUUCCAUUUCUAAGAAGGAUGACAGGGAAGAUUCUUUUACCAAUCACAAUGGCCUUCGUAAUAUGCUUUCUUCAGAGAUCCUAAAAAAACUCAGCGUUGAGAGAUUUGGAUUUAGUGGAAGAUGUGAUGAAAGAGAUUCAGGGAACAGAAACAGUUAUGAUGAAAGAAGAAAUCUUGGAAAUGGUAAAGAAUCUCAAAAGCAUGAUGAUCAUAAGAGAAUUUCUACUUACUUUGAGGUAGUUGAUGAUAGAUUUGGUGAUGAUAUAUCUGGAACUCCAAAGACAUACAAUCUGCAGAGAAGGCUCUCAAACCAACAUACUGCGCUAUAUUCAUCCAGGCCACGAGAGGUGUGUUCUCUUCGGGAUAUAUUGGAUAGAAUCCCCUCUCUGCGACUAAGUGAAGCUCUUAAAGAUGGCGAUAGGCCUAGUCCUAUGCAAAGGACUGAAUCUACGACAAAACCAAGGCACAGUGAUGCACAUUAUACGGAACCUAGAAGCCUAAAUUCUAUGGGAAAUGAAACGCACACUUUAGAAAACCCAGCUAAUAUCAGUUCUGAACCUGGGCCUUCUUCAAAACAAUCACCAAAAUCCAGUAGUCAUUUUUUUUCAAAACCAGCAAGUUCACCAUGUUCUAAUAAUCCGGCGAGCAUUGACUGUCCUACUCCGAGAAGUCGAGCAAAGGUUGCUUCAAAUGCCAAAAACCUGGACUCUGUAGCUCCUGCGGUUAAACCUAUGGACAUUGUGUCAAAGGAACCGAGUACUGGUGGUGUGCUCACUGCUGAAAUCCUUAACAUACCUAGGACACCUAGCAGUGGUGGCGUUUCUCCUGCUACACAACUAAGCAAUGUAUCGACUUCAUCCACUACUUCCACUUUUCCCAGUCCAAAAGUUUCCUUAAUUAGUGCCUUUUCGUCAUUGGCUACUAGUAAUGUUGGUUCCUCUACCAACACUAAUCGGAUGAAACAAGAGAAAGACACUCCACAUCCUCAGUGCUAUAUAUUCUCAGAUACUGCCAUUCAAUCUACUUCUCCUGUGCCCUCAAGCAGUCCAAAUGUGCAACCAUCUCAAUUUGUCCCACAGAAUAUUCCUCAGGCCAUAUCUGGAGUUGUAAUGGAGUCUCUCUCUUCAGUGCAUAAGGAAUUUCAAGUGAGUCAGGGGACUGGCCCUUCACACAUACCGGAUUCUGCUCCAAUAGAGCAGAAAUCCAGUGAAAGAAAAGAACUUCCAGAGGUAAACUAA